AUGUCCAUGCGUAGCGCCUGUGGCAACUCCCGAAACUCCUGCAUCCAGGCCCUGCAGCUGAACAUCGAUGGUCCAUUCGCCAUUCGCCAUUCGCCCACGCGGAGACCGCACCGAAAGGUCGUCGUUUGUAGCAACAAGUCCUUUGGCAACAUGUUGCCCCAUGGCUGUGGCUUCAGCAUCAGUGGCGCCGAUGCUGUUGAUCUGCUGUACAACUACAACUACAACAACUACAACUACACCGGCAGUGGGCUGGAGCUUGGACUCGCGGCGGACCUUGGCCUCAGCGCACCGACGGCGGCCACGGCGCCAGCACUGCUGCCAGCAGCGGCCAGCAAUCACAGCCAGCGGUCGGGCGUGGCGCGUGUGAGCGCGGAUGUGCCCAUCUGGGUGAUACCCUGCUACUCGAUCAUUCUGCUGUGUGCCGUUGUGGGCAAUCUGCUGGUGGUGCUCACACUCGUGCAGAAUCGUCGCAUGCGCACCAUUACGAAUGUUUUCCUAUUAAAUCUCGCCAUCUCGGACAUCCUGCUGGGCGUCUUCUGCAUGCCCGUCACACUCGUGGGCACCCUGCUGCGACACUUCAUCUUUGGCGAGUUCCUCUGCAAGCUCAUUCAGUUUGCGCAGGCCGCCUCUGUGGCCGUCUCCUCGUGGACUUUGGUUGCCAUCUCCUGUGAGCGCUACUACGCCAUCUGCCAUCCGUUGAGGUCGCGCACUUGGCAGACGAUCAACCAUGCCAACAAGAUCAUUGCCAUCAUUUGGCUGGGCAGCCUGCUCUGCAUGACACCCAUAGCGCUCUUCAGUCAACUGAUGCCGACCAGUCGCCCAGGGCUGCGCAAGUGCCGCGAGCAGUGGCCCGCCGACAGCUUGAACUACGAGCGCGCCUACAAUCUCUUCCUGGAUCUGGCUCUGCUCGUGCUGCCUCUGCUGGCGCUGAGCUUCACCUAUCUCUUCAUCACUCGCACUCUCUACGUGAGCAUGCGGAACGAGCGGGCCAUGAACUUUGGCAGCAGCGGACCAGAAGUGCCACCGGGUCCCCAGCUGCCAAACAGCAGCCAGCGGCGCUCCCAUGGCAGCCACAGCCAUUCCCUGGAAGCGGGAAUGCAGCAGCAGCAGCAGCAGCUCGGCACUCCACAGUACUACUACGCGGACAGCUAUACCCAUGGCGGCAGCAAGAGGAAGCUGCUUGGCGGCUCCUGCGAAGGGCGCCGGCAUCUCUACUGCAUGCGCAGCGCAUCCGUAAAGUCGCUGCGGCAACAGCAGCAGCACAACCAGCCGCAGCCGCAGCCGCAGCCGCCGCCAAUUAACGGGAAUGACUGCUGCAGUCGUGCCCAACGGCUGCGACACCAGCAGCAGCACCAGCAGCAGCACAUCUGCAUGGGCAUGGGCAACGACAACGAGUCCCGACGCAAGUCCCUCUCGCAGCCCAGUCUGCGCAUCACUGAGGCGGGCCUGCGAAGCAUCGUGCCACGUCGCUCGAACGAGAGCAAGAGCCUGGAGAGCAAGAAGCGUGUGGUCAAAAUGCUCUUUGUGCUGGUGCUGGAGUUCUUCAUUUGCUGGACACCGCUGUACGUGAUCAACACGAUGACGAUGCUGAUCGGACCGGUGGUGUACGAGUAUGUGGACUAUACGGCCAUCAGUUUCCUACAGCUGCUGGCCUACUCCUCGAGCUGCUGCAAUCCCAUAACCUACUGCUUCAUGAACGCCAGCUUUCGGCGCGCCUUCGUGGACACGUUCAAGGUGCGACUGUGCGAGGGGGGCGGGCGCCUCUGCUUCUGGCGACGACGUUCCAAGAACGAGACCAAUCUGUCCGUGGCCGGCAACUCGAUUGCGCUGGCCAACUCGGUCAUGUCUACCCACACCAUACUGGAGAGUCCGCGGCUCUGAGCCAGUCGUCGCCGGGAGUCCCAGCGCCGUCCGUUAAAGGUUAUGGAGAGCGAGUCGCUGUAGGAGCCGGCAAAGAGGACAACAAAAAUGUGAUGAUGCGAUGAAAUGUGAACGAAAGUGUAACUGUAACUGUAACUGUAACUGUAACUGAAACUGAAACUGUGGUUGUCAACGACUCGAACGAACUCGCGUUGUGAAUGUGUGCGAAUGUGUGGACAAGGUGGAUGGAGAGUGAGUCUUGCAGUUCCCCCUGUACUUGGUCUCGUAUCUGUGUACCCAUAGGUAUGCAAUAGCCCCACCCCUACCUCACCCCUUAACCCACCCGCUGUUAUAUACACCAUGAACUAUGUAUGUAGUUAAUUAAUGUUUUUAAUGUGAAAUCUAGAGUUACUAUCAUUCGAGUUGUUAAAUGUGCAGCGUUUUCCCAUACUAUGUGCCACUAUGUACAUUCCACUAAUGUACUUCGUGUGCAAUCAUUCAAUUAAUCAAUCAAUACCCAAAGCAAAUACAGCCGUGCAGCGUAUUGUUUAAUUAUCCUACUUAGGUCACAAAUGACCUCCACUAAUUUUGCCGAGUGUCACGCACAGGCAGGUUUCACUGAGCCAUGCAACAACAACCAAGCACAAACGAUGGCCGAUAUUACAGGGUAAACAUAUAGUUGCAUGCGUCAGGAUAAAUCACAGUUAUGGGAUGGGAUCACCGCACCAGCCCACUCAUCGGAAAACAAACAACAAACAAAAGUUCAAAAGAGUUCCAUUGUAAGUAGUUGAUUGUAGCUGAAAUGCAUUAAAUGUGGUAAAAUAUUCGAACAACAGAACACACAGAAACACAAACACGCACACAUAAAAUAGGAUAAACACACAGUUCCAAAGUGUUUUCAUGUCUUUGCCUAGAAAUAACUGGACCGCUCGCAGGUACCGCAAAGCUGAGAGAGGCGCUUUCGCUCUCUUUCGCACAGCCAACCGUUUGUCGGCAUGGAAUGCAAGCAACAACAAGCAAAGCGCUUGACUCUCGGAGCGACGAGAGAGCUUGGCCGCCCACACAGCUGAGCGAAGCUUUCGCAGAGAGCGAUCUACACAUGUGUAAGAGAAA